GAGAGUGUGAACGAAUGCAAAAGUAUAAAAAACAGCAGAUGUGAAGUGUUCAGUCUGGAGGUCAAAGGUCAAAUGUAUGAGUCACAUGGGUGAAACCAGGAAACAGAGAAGUGGAGACACAUUUCCACAGUGUCUUCCUUUAUCUUUACGGUGGAGCAGAAGUAAAGCUUACACGACUUCAGUGAACUGACAUAUGACCAUGAUAAGAGACCCAGUGGAAAAUGAGGUUUCUGCAGCUAAUGACUGUCAGAAUAGAAUAUCCAUGGACCUCUUCCUGCAUUUCUCACUCAUACCAGCAGUGUUGAUUGCAGGGGUGCUGUCAUGCCUCCAGAAAAGACAACAGAGACUGACCUUUGACCAAAGACUGCCCUGCCUGGGGGGACGUUUUGGUAUUGUAGUGCCUCUAGAUACUAUAGGCAGCCUCAGUAAUCGAUGGUCCUAUGGCUUUGCCUUUGGUGCCGUGUCCAGUAGCGUCUUGCUGCUCUUCUCUGAACGUUACAUCCCCUUCACUGUCCCGCCCUGGGCCAGAGCUAUCAUGUACUUGGUUGGAGCUUUGGAGGUGGGCCUGGUGUACUUCCCUUUCUUCGCCUGUCUGUCCACACCAUUCCGAAUGGCCGGGGGAGUGCUGGGAAUACUCUACUCUGUGUCCUGGAUCAUCAUUCAUGUCUGGGAUACAGUCACCUGUCCCAGUGGUGAGAUUUUGGGUCAGUACCAGAAGAUUAUUGUCCAGUGGCCCACCAUCGUCUCUCUCCUCUUCCUCUUGUGCCGAUUUAUCUACGUGCUGAUUAAAGCUGUUCGAAAACCAGAGGACACUGAUGAGCUGACUGAGCAGCACCAGGUGCAGCAUGUUAAGAGACUGCUGAAGAAAACACCUGAAGAAAGCAAGCCUCUCGGCUGGUUCCAGAGACGAGUGUACAAGUGGGACCCCUACUUCAAGUUUCCCAACAGGAUCAUUGGGACUGCCAUCAUAUCACUUAUUGGUCUAUAUACGAUGACGCUAGCAGACUACAGUCUCAGUAAUGUUGCUUUUGACCAUAUCUCCAACUGGAAGAAUACUCUGCAACACCUGGUUAACGCUUGUAACCAGACAGAAGCUCUGAGCCUCAUGAUACCACAGCUGGAAGAAUUCAUCUAUGUGGCCAGGAAGUCAUGGCUAGCGACCACUAUCUUUGCCAGUCUCAACUCUGUUGCCUACACCUUCCAUAUCUUGGCAUGUUACAGGAAACACUUGAAGAGACUGUGGAAAGGACAGAAGGAUUUUCUUCCUGAGAAGUUUCACAACCCUAAAUCUGCUAUCAGUGUUGCCUCUAUUGCAAGAUACUCUGGAUGGCAAAUAGCUUUCACGCUGUGGGGUUACAUCAUUGUCCAUUUUGUCUACUUCCUGUUUGCUCUGCUGUUGGCCUAUGCGCUGGUCCUACCUAUACAGCAUGGAAAAGUACUGGUCAUGCUCAGCAACCUGGGGAUCAUACUUGUGACCAUCGGCCUGGUGAUCGGUCUGGUGAUUGUCCAGGUACUUCUCGUUCAGAUCUUCUUCCUUCAGGAUAAAAUGUCUCCGACAGAUAAACAGAAACCUCUGGCUCUCAAUAACAGGAAGGCAUUCCACUGCUUCAACUACUUCUUCUUUUUCUACAACGUGGUUAUGGGGAUCAGCAACUGCAUACUGAGGCUGCUAACAAGCAUCGUGGUGGGAACAUGGUUGGUGUCGCGCAUAGACCGAACCAUCAUGCAGAGGGGUUAUGAAACCAUGGAUGCAGGCUACACCACAUGGAUUGGGAUGAUCUUUGCUGAUCAUUAUCACAACAACCCAGUCAUGGUAUGUUUCUGCCAGCUGCUCGUCUCCAACACGAUGGAGAGACACAAUGCAUCUGAAUACUCAACAUUCAGCAACCCUCAUCCUCAAGAAUCCACUGUGAACAGCCUGGCCAGGAGGCGCUGGGCAUUACUUUACACGUUACUGAGAAACCCUCAUCUCAUCCUGCUCAGAAAGCACCACCUCCCCACAACUUCCUCAUCAUCUCCAUCUCCUCAGUCAGAGACAGUGACCCGGGCCUGGCUCAUGACAUCGCAAACGCAGAGCUGCCAAGCAGUGUCGCAGCCACUACCGGAGAUCACAGUCACACCAGCAGAGGAUGGUUAAAAAUGCCCUUUCAUUAAUUCUGGCUUGUUCCAAAUGCUAGAGUCGAAAAUGAAUGGUGCAGCCUUUAGAUAUUUAUCAAAGAAGAACUUCAAGGUCUUUCCCUUAUUGGAAUUGUUGGCAAGUCACUGUAACUCUGCUUCUUUGAGGACAGUAUUGACAUCUGUCAAAAUAUGUUGUGCACUUAUUAGGUGACUAGUCUGACAGCUUAAAAUGUCAUAAAUAAUAAUCCAGAGUAAUUUACCCAUUUGGGUGUUGUCUAAUAAAGUGUGUCAAGCUGUGCAGCUUGAGGGGUUUCAUAGCUGUUGCAUGUAUGUUUUUUUAACCCUUGACUUCAGACAUUAGCUCAUGUGUCUGCGAUUCUAAGGCAUCUGCAUGAAAACUUUUUUUUUUUUUUUUUUUAAUUAAAAUUAUGUGAACUGACUCAUACAGCCGUUCUGAUUUUUAUCUCCAGCAGACAGAACUUUUUUUUUUUAAGCCUUAUUCGAUCCAGCUGUAUAACAGCUCAGCUUUUUGGAACAAUUAAGUUACUAUGACCAAGCAGUUUUCCUUGUGAAUCAUUAAUGUCUGUCUAAGUAUGUUAUGAAAGGUAAUGGGUUCCAGGCAUUUAAAUGGACAGUUUUGUUUAUGUUGUUGUUGUUUUUAUGAAUUUGUAUAUAGCUGAGAGCAAAAGCAGAGCUCCACAAAUAUAAUUUCUGGUAAAGACUAACAAAUGAUCGGUUUUAUAAUGUUGUUUUGUCAAAUGUUUUUUAUGAGUCCUUGGAAGAUGGAUUUCUGUCUCUCCUGACAGACAAUAAAGUGUAUCUACCCAUUUAUCUACGUAA